UUUCUCCUCUCUACACCGCCUCGCUCUUCCUUUUCCCGCAAUGACUGACCUACGCCACAGUGGGUCACCGAAUCCAGUGAGCCCACAAAGCAACCCUAACUUCAUCCUCUCACACCUCCCAGCAUGGGCAUCAGGUUGCCCAUCGUACAAUCCCACGUCUAUCCCUUCCUCUGUGGAAGCCUCAUCCAUCCACAUCCCCUCGUGGGCCUUCCUGCCGGACAAUGGGAGUUCCUGGAAUCCCCAGAGCGCGCAGGCCGUAGCCACUGGCGCAGUGACCCCCACUUCUUUACCCACCGGAGCCCCAAGCGCGAGCACCGCACCAGGUGCGACGAGCUCAGUCCAAGGAGGGGUAAUCGCCGGCGCAGCCGGGGGAGGGGUAGUGCUCCUCCUGCUCCUCGUGCUGGCGGCGUACUACCUCCUGCGCCGGUACCGGCAGGCCGAGCCCCGAAGUCCGAUCGACUUGUCUGACACACCAGCACCUCCCGACCCGUCUCCCUAUUUCCUCACCGCUCUCCCGCGCGCGCCAUCAAGGCUGGGGAUAUAUAAGCCUCCCCUCGGAGGGUGGGGACACGCUUACCAGCCCGUGAGCACGGGGUGGGAGCUGACUCCCUCAGGAAGCAGUAGUGGGCCGAGCGUGGAACGUGGGGACGGCCUAGGCGCACCGAGGAGUGCACCGCUGCUUCCUCCUACUCCGUCCUCGGGGCACUCGGGGUUUUCGGGCGCCUCGGGGACAUCGACACCUAACGCGACUACGGGUCAUUCACCGGUGAGGGAGGAAGUGAGGACACCCGCGCUGCCAACUUAUGAGCAGGUGAGUGCGGAGGGGAGUAGGAGUGGUGGAGCGACGCCGUUGUUGCGUCCUAGUGGGGAUCGGAAGAGGCCGCAGAGCGCGGGUCGGUGAACAAACUUUCUGGAUUAGACGGUUGUUGUGCUUAUUUGGGCAGCUAUAUGUUACUAUUCAUGGAUA